GUUUCAAGUAAAUUUAAAAGAGUGCGCUGAUAGUUGAAUAUAUUUUAUAUUCACUUGUCUAUCUAACAUGAUAAGUUUGACUUGUUAUUAUGCUUGUAAUUAAAAAAGGUUUAAAAUGAUAUUAACUAUAAUGUAGUAUAACACUUAUUACAUGUAGAAGUAAUUUAUUAACAUGAAAAUGUAUGUAUUAAUAUGACGUAUAAUGUACAAAUAAUAUAAAAUGAUGAUAGAACAUAUUUUAAAAUAUUUUUGAAAUAAUUAUGAUGGAAGCACAAACAGAUAUUUCUGUUUUGCGACCACCAGUUAAUUUAAGAAAUAUAAAUACUGGCAAUGUUUUUUAUACACCUUUAACUUCAUUUGCUGAAAUGUGGUAUCAAAUAUUUUUAUGGGCCCUAUUUUCUUCUAUUUUUGUUCAUACUAUAGCUGGUGCAAUUUGUUUUGCUACAUUAAGACAACAUAAAUAUGGAAAAUUCUUCCCAUUGUUGAUUAUAAUAAUGGGUGUAAUAUUACCACUAACAUCAGGAGUUCUUAGCUCUGCUGCUGUUGCUUUUGUAUACAGAGCAUCUCGAUAUCCACUGCCACCAUUAUAUGCAUUAUUUUGGGGUAUUGGUCAAACUGUUGUAGCAGGAUGUGUUGGGUUCACAAGAAUAUUAGCAACUUUAUAAUAUAAAUUAAAAUUUGUAUAUGAAUGAUGCACAAAAUAUUGUUAUUUAGAAAUGUUAUAUAUAAUAUAUUAUGAGAAUUUUCAAAAUUUGAAGAACAAA